AUGUCCAUCCUCAGCUCCAUCAAGCGUGCCCGCGAUCACAAGGACACAACCAAGGCCAAGGAAGUCGAACAACCCAAGCCCCCCAAGACUUCCCAGCCUUAUCGCCAUGUUCCCACCCACGCUGCUUGCGACUCCGUCAACAGCGGCCCAGGCGGUGCCCUUCGCCAUGAUCGCUCCAAGAUCCGCCACGAGAACCGCAAGCGCACUGCAAAGGCCGUCGCUGAGACUAUGCACGACAACCAGGCCAUCCAGAUGAACUUCCCUGGCUCAUCUACCUCAUCGCCCUUCACCAGCGGCAGUACCAGCACAGCCUACCAAGCCAGCGAGAUUGACUACGAGGGUGAUAUCAGCCCUAGAAGCCAAUCUCCUGUGCAGAGCUACGACUGGGCUCCUGCUCCUACCAUUCCUCGAGCCAUCUCUCUCAAGGGCAAGGAAGUUGUUCGGGGUCCUCACCAUGGCUUGGCAUACUCCGUAUCCCCAGAUCCCCGCGAUCGCCUUGCCCAGCGCUUCCAAACCGGUGUCAUGAUCUAA